UUUCUGAUGCAAGCUGGAGCCUUACCUAAAGACCCACCGCGAUGGGCGAUGGCGAUCAUGAUGAAGAUGUGCCGAGUGAAGCGUGUGAUUGGUGAUGCUGAGGAGAGAAGAGAAGAGCGAAACGCGCUAGAAGGAUCUGAGCGAUAGCGUCUUCCCCCUGUCAGGUACGGCUUCUGCUGGACGACGUCAACUCUUUCAGGGUCUUGACUCUACCUGACCAGAAACACCGAGUAUCGGUUACAGAUCCCAUAAUACGGGUACGCAAACGUCAUAUGCCGCUCUGUUGAGAAUGGCAACAUGCUGUGUCCACGGUCCGGAGAAUAGUCGUGCAGAUUCUGCAGCUGUUGAGACGGGAUGACUAGUAUCCUUCACUUACGGUAACAAGAAGUGACGCAGCACAGACCACUCGUAGAAGACACCUUUCGAAUCCCAUUCUUCUCGAAACAUACAAUCCUUCAGAAACAACAAUGGGUUCCUACGCAGAGACGACAACGGCAGUGACAGGGCCGGUACUCAAGCUGAACAAUGGCGUGGAGAUGCCAGCUCUUGGCUUCGGAACCUUUGCCAACGAAGGCAGCAAAGGGGAAACACAUAAGGCUGUUGUGCAUGCCUUGAAUGCUGGAUACCGACAUCUCGACUGUGCCUGGUUCUAUCGGAACGAAGACGAGGUUGGGUCUGGGCUUCGAGACUUUCUCUCUCAGAACCCCUCUGUCAAGAGAUCCGAUAUCUUCAUUACGACGAAAGUAUGGAACCACCUCCACGAACCAGAGGACGUGGAAUGGAGCUUGAAGGACUCGUUGGCGAAGCUUCAAACACCAUACGUUGAUGCAUUUCUGGUACACUGGCCCAUAGCAUCAGAGAAGAACGCCGACGGAACGGUCAAGAUUGGCUCCGACGGAAAGUAUGUGAUCAACAAGUCCCUCACCGAGAAUCCAGAGCCCACCUGGCGAGCAAUGGAAAAGCUGUACAGCGAGGGCCUCACGAAAUCAAUCGGGCUCUCCAACUUCACAGAAAAAGGCAUCGAGUCGCUGCUCAAAUACGCCAAAGUCAAGCCCCAAAUAAACCAAAUCGAGAUCCAUCCCUUCCUCCCGCAACAGCCGCUCAUCGAAUACUGCAUGUCGAAAUCUAUAAUGCCAGUUGCAUACUCGCCACUCGGCUCACAAGACCAAGUCCCAGGCACAGGAGAGAAAGUCAGCACGAACAAGGACCUGAUUGCUAUUGCAGAGAAGAAUGGCUGGACUUUGGCACAAGUGUUGAUUGCGUGGGGAUUGAAGAGGGGAUACUCUGUCUUACCGAAGAGCAGCAAUGAGAGUCGGAUUAAGGGGAAUGCGAAAUUGGUGGAUUUGAGCGAUGAGGAUUUCGAGGCAGUGAAUAAGGUGGCAAAGGGACGGUGGAGCAGGUUUGUCAACAUGAAGGAUACGUUUGGGUAUGAUGUGUGGCCGGAGGAGAGUGCGUAGCAGCAUUUAUUUUGGGGAUUUAGAUAGGAUAAAAUAGAAUAGAUGGAUCUUAGAUGCUUGAUAGAAUACCACCUUUUGUCUCGCAGGUCGGGCUUCAUUUGUUACAGGGAUAUGAUAUGUAGGCGAAGCUGAAGAGUGAAUCAGCAUUGUCCCCAUCCAAGUUUUGUUGCAUAUCGGCUCAAUGUUUCAAAAGUUCUGGGUACAUUGAGAAUGGUCUCGAUGUCCAGGGUGAACCGACCCUCCUCAACCGUUUUUGUAAAUGGCAUUCAAGGGUCCGCGGUUCCCGGUACAUUGGGAUGCCGAUUCGACGCGGGGUUCUCUGUCAUACAAGAUUUUGCAUUAUUUCGUCCCAAUGUUUGACACGAGUGAUGAUUUUUCACUGGGUUUUGGGGAAUACAUAAGCAACCAAACUCUAAGGGAAAGGCGACAGUGACUUGCCUUCAACACCC